AUGUACAGCGUUUUCCCUGGCACCGUCAAUCCAGGUUGCUACUGGGGCAGUUAUGGCUACCCCUUGGGCUACAGUGUUGGCUGUGGCUAUGGCAGCACCUAUUCACCAGUGGGCUACGGCCUUGGCUACGGAUACUGUGGUUGUGGACCAUAUGGCUACAGAAGGUCUUGGCCAUUUGGACUCUACUGA